ACUUUGGUGAGUAGUUCAAUCGAACUAUUUUCUUAACGAUUCGAAUACAACUCUAUUUUCUUGGCAAAUACAUAAAAAUGUCGGAUAAACAAUUGAUAAAUGUUCAAUUCAACUCUUAAUAAAUAAAAAAAACGAACGUUUUAAAUGUUGUGGCUAUAAAAUAGCUAACAUACUUAAACUCAAGCGAACAAAAAGAAAAAUAUUGAAAUACAUUAGAUUUUGAAGCUUUUGAGACUUGCAUAAAUUACCUGGAACUAUGGUGUCGAUAAAAACCAUAUUCUGUGUCUACUUGAGCAUUCUUCUAAGUCUGGUGAUAAGCUCUUCAGCAUCAGCUGGAAUUGGGACUUCAAGCGAGAACGAGGAUGAGUAUCUAACACAACGAGAAUAUAUAUUAGAAAAGUCGUAUCAUGGAUUAAUUCGGGAAAAUGAGACCCUUGUGGAAAUAACACCUUUAAUUAAAGUUGACGAAGAAAAAAUUUGUAAUUUUCGGAUACUUAAAAAGCCAUAUCAUGAAAUUCCAUUCCAAAUUGAGUUGGUCAACAAUUUAGGUAUACUAAAAGCACGUCGAACACUCAAUUGUGAGAAACGCAAAAGCUAUCAUUUUGAGAUUGUUGCCAUAUAUUGCGAUGGAAUGCCAUCAAAUACAGCCAAUGUUCAUAUAACCGUGAUCGAUAUCAAUGAAUAUGCUCCAACAUUUCUACAGCCAUCCUAUGUGACGGAGGUCGAUGAGGGUCGCCUAUAUAAUGAGAUAAUACGUGUCGAGGCCGCUGACAAGGACUGUACUCCCCUCUUUGGGGAUGUGUGCAAAUAUGAGAUCUUAAACAGCGAUGAACCCUUUGCCAUUGACAAUGAGGGAUCCAUUAAAAACACCGAACCCUUAUCUCACAAAGUAUCCCACAAUCAUAUCCUAUCUGUUGUCGCCUUUGACUGUGCCAUGAAGGAAUCAACACCAAUAAUGGUCAGCAUUAAAGUGCGACGUGUCUGCGAUGCUAAAUUUCUGGGAAUACCUGAACGCAUUGAUUAUACUUCCGGAAGUACCGAAAACUUGCAGCUAUUUCCAAAUGCUCGUUUGGAUCUGUGCAAUAUAUUGUGUAGCAGUGAAGACCUCAAUAUACAUGCGGCAAUUGCGCUUAAGACAAAACACAUAUCAUUCGGAUGUGAUCGAGAUAUAUCGAAUUGCUCGACAAACUUAAAUUUGAAGGACCUUUUGCCACGGGACGCCGACUGGACCAAGGAGUUGAGCUAUGACGAAGGUCCUGAGCCCAUAUUUCACUUUACUGGAUCCACCGGGGUCGUAGUGCCCGAUCAUUUCAUUGGACACCAUGACUUUUCCCUCCAUCCAUUCAGCAUUGUGACCAUUUUCCGGCACAGCAGCAAAAGUUCCUUGAACAAACACACAAAGGAGCAUAUUGUUUGCAGUGCGGAUGAUCACAAGAUGAAUCGACAUCAUAUGGCACUAUUUGUCCGGAAUUGCCGACUCAUUUUGUUGCUGCGCAAGAACUUCAACGACGGCGAUUUGAACAUCUUCAGUCCGGCGGAAUGGCGUUGGAAAAUUCCGCAAGUUUGCGACAAUGAAUGGCAUCAUUAUGUGAUCAACGUGGAUCAUUCAUCCAAAGUGGAGCUCUACAUUGAUGGCAUACAGUUUGAGAGCUCGGUUGAGGAGCGUCACACGAAUCCAGAGGUGAUCGAUGAUUGGCCUCUCCAUGCAGCACAUGGAGUGAAUACAACCUUGUCAGUGGGUGCCUGUUAUCAGAGCUCGGAGAAUCGCUUAAAGCAUGGUUUCAAUGGCGACAUAUCCGAGGUGAAGAUAUCCCUGAAUAAUGCACUCUCUGUCGAUGAUAUCAAGUGCGGCACAAGCUGUGCCGAGCACUUAAUUCCAUCAACAGAUGAACAAUCAAACCAUCCUGACUUAUCGGACUCAUCCACUCAGAGUCAGAGUCAGAGUCAGGUUCAGGUCAAUGGACAAAUGAAUGAAAUCUAUAUUGAAGCACAGAGCAAGCAUCAAAUCGAACAACUGAUGCGCAAGAUUCAAUACAUCAAUAUUAAGAAGAGUCCCACAAUUGGACGUCGUAACAUUGAAGUUCGUACCACAAUGAUGUGCUCGAAUCAUAGUUCGAUCCGUCUGCCCACAAUCGAGACCUAUAUCAUGGUCAAUGAGCCCAUCAAUCCGCCAGCGGGUAUUGCGGGUAUGCUUGACUCGACUAUUUCAAGUGGCAAAAUCCCCACGGACACUGGAAUUAUGUAUAAAGUGGACAAGCUGGAAUCUCAAGAUCAGCAAGAUGAGCUCACUUCCAAGUAUUCGCAAGCAGCUAAAAUUACAAUUACAGGCACACAAAAUAAAUUAGUUUCUUAUCAAGAAAUCAAAUUAGGCGUACACAUUUUGGAUAGAAUUCAUAUUGGAUUCUCGACCGAUGGCAUCAAUGGUAAUGUUAAGAAUGUGAGUCCUAAGGAGAAUUUGGAUUCGUGCAGCGUUAUUGUAUUUCCAUCGCUGAAUCCGGAUCAUGAAGAUAUUCAAAUAGAUGGCGAUGAAUCUUUGUCAUCGACCAUGGAUAUCAGGACAAAUAUUAAUAAGGAUGGCGUUGAAAUGAUCGGCACAGAUUCAAUUGAGAAUUAUCUAAGCGUAUUGCGUGCUCUGGUUUACAGCAACAAGAAGCCAGCUUAUUAUUUAAAUCGUGUUUUCAAGCUAUCUUGCACUCAGCUUAAUUCGCAGUACAAAAGCGUUGAAUAUACGCUAACCUUAACCGUCCUGCAUCCAAAACAAUCAUCCAAGACAACAAAUGCACCAUCAGCUUCCUCAUCGAUGUCAGUUACAAGCUCGGGAAAUGGAAAUGGAAACGGAAACGGAAAUGGAAAUGAUAAUGAUGGAACUGAUAACUUAUUAGCGACAUUCCAUAAUAGACGUGACCCAAGUGCAGACACAGAUACAGAUACAGAUACUGUGUCUCAGGCACAAGAUUCGAAGCUCUUCUCAUAUUCCCUAUCACAUACCAAUAAUGUGCAGGAGCCCAAAUCCCACGUCCAUUCAAUUGUGCACAGAGCUGAAGCUUCACAUCCAACAAUGCUAAUCAUCCUCAUUUGUGUAUUUCUUGUCGUGCUGCUUUGCGGCGUUUCGAUUGCACGUCUAAAAAAUAACCAAAAGUAUACAGAUCGGCACCAGCCCUGCCCCAAGAUUGCUGACGAAGGUUUGAUCUGGGAUGAUUCUGCAUUGACUAUUACUAUAAAUCCAAUGCAAACAGAUGCUGCAUCUGAAGAAAGCUCUGACUCGGAGAAUUCGGAUUCGGAAGACGAAGAAGUUAUGAAAGAUGGAUUCGCACACAUCAAUCAACUUGAAUGGGACAACACUAAUAUGUUUUCAUCAGCAAAUUAAUGCGGAUGUGCGAUGAGUGUGUGUGUGUGUGUCAAUAGGGCGUUUAUUAAUAAAAGUUAAAAUUAAUUAUAUGUAAAUGUGCUUUUAAAAUAUAAAUUACACAAUCUACUUAUCCUACAAAAGUAA